GACCCGCUCUUUUCGGUAUGCUGGAGUCGACAGUCCUGUGGGAGUUGUCUGGCUGGCGAUUUUGCCUGCAGCUGGUGUCCUUUUUCAUCAACCUGUGUGCCGAACCGAGCACGUCUUGCCAUCUUCGCGCCGUUGAGCUCGUCGCAGGUCUGCCCUCUCGGUUCUCAGGAACGGUGGGAGCUGCGUGCCCUCCCGCUAGGAUGCCAUGUCAGCACAAUCACAGUGAUGACCGUCUUGGGGACUGUUUGUUUCAUACUGGCGAGUCUGGGGUUAGCUGUUCUAUCUGUGUGG